CGCGGCACUUUGUAAACUUCCUGAACAAAACACAAAGAGCCGUUAACUACCAACCGUUAUCGUUCUGUUUUGUAUUCCGUUCCGUAUUGGCUAAAGUAGAAGAAAUGAUAGAUCUAGUUGCAGAUAUGCCUUUCACGCCAUUUUUAAGACGGACCUUUCACAAAAAGUUGGGUUUUGUGAGGAAAGGCCGGCUAACCGCUCUGCUAGCUAGCCUGUCCCUGCGGUUGGUCCGCCAUUUUCAAACAGGCAACUACAUACGGUACCGGUGGCUGACAGCUUCUGGAGAACUAUAACUGUACCGCUGGGAAUGCCUGUUGCUUGCAACUGAUCAAUCUGGUGUUUGGAGCGAGUUGAGUUGUUCCACCAAGGCAGCAACGGGACACCAGAGCCCCGGCCGGACACUGUCAAGCUACGGUGCAUUUAAAAACAGACAUGGCGUCAGCAUCAGCCUCCAUGACAAUAGAAAAUGACUCAUUAAAGAAUCAGAAACGUUGGGGGACUGCAUGUGUCUACCUCCUGUGAGUUCUCAAACCCUUCAUCAGGUGGAGAACAGCAGCAGAGCAGGCGUCCAAAUAAGCAGCACCUUAGCAUUCUACCUAUUAUAGUCAACUACACAUGGUGUCAGGCUGUCAUUACCAGCAGGGUUACAUGAAUGAUGCUAGCCUUUCAUGACAGACCAUUGCAUCACAGUCAGUAUUAGCAAGCUAAUGCAAAAUACUGGACUUAAAACACAACAUACAGCAUGCGGGCACAGAUUAUACCCGUUUUACCCAGACUGUGGACAAACAAAUGCAACAUGUGCACAGUGAACCUCAGGUAUUUAGAGGCUUUGGUCCCUUUGGACUAUCUGUGUACAUGUCCGUCAGUGUAAACAUGGUAUCUGAAAAACCUCUAAAAGUUGCUGAUGGAAAUCUAUUGCAAAAGCCCAUUGUGCAACUUUCAGAUAUGUUUAUAUGAUCAAUGAAGAAAAGGGAAAAACAUAUUUUCUAUAUUUUAAAAAUCAGAUUUUCUCACUUCGCACUCAUAAGUCAUAAAGGCCAUAAGUAAGUAAAGUAUUUGAAAUGAAAUCUGGUUUCAUCCAAAUUGAAUUGACUACUGCUUAUUACUUGUGGUGUACUUUCCGCUACCUGGACCCCCACCGAUACAACAAACAGACCGAAAACCUUUGAGUCCAAGUCAAGGUUCAGCAUCUAAAUCAUGUGAAUGUCAGGUGAAUGUUUUAACGGUUUUCAGUUUGAGUUGGGGCAGUGGAAGCGGAGCACCCAUCUUCGAGUUCUAAUACCAACUACUGUGAUUGAGGUGGACUUUAAGGAUUGAUCGACAGUAAAAAAGUACUGAGCUGAAGCUGAGCCAUCAGUCUCUGAGUGCUCACCAGCCCCAGGGGAAAGAGCUAUAACGAGCCCAUCAUGGGGGCCUCUAAGCUCUGCCUCUUGCUGCUCCUCAGCACAUCGACGUUGGCUUUUGCCCAAGAUGAAGAUCAGCCAACUUGCCUGCUAAACCAAAGGUACAAGACCCUUCACAAGUACGAAUAUCAAUACCAGGCUGAGUCUUUGAAUGAAAUAAACGGAGCCUCACCACUCAAGAAUGGACCCAAGGCCUCGUGCACCAUUGAAAUUGAAGUGCCUCAGUCUUGCAGUUUUAUCCUUCGCACCACUGGCUGCAGCCUGAGUGAGGUGGUAGACACAGACGCAAAGGGAAACCCUGUGUUUGCACCUGCAUCCACUGCUGAUGCCUUCGCUGCUGAGAUGGAGAAAUAUCCUCUGAAGUUUGUCGUUGAUGGCGUGUACGAUGUGAAACUUUACCCUGAGGACGGAGAGUCAACAACAAUCCUGAACUUUAAAAGAGGCAUCAUCUCUGCACUGGCCGUACCGCUGCUGGAAGAGGGCGAGAACAGGAACAUGCCCACCAUCCACGGCAAGUGCAAGACCUCUUACCAAGUCAAUGCGAGAGAGGACAUUGCUACUGAUGUCACACUAAACAGAUACCUUUCCAAAUGUGAAAACUUUGUUCCAAUUAGAGAUUAUAGCAGCCCUCUGGCACUGAUCUCUGGCAUGCACUACCCUCUGGCUCAGCUGUUCAAUAGCUUCCAGACCUGCAACUACAAGUUUGACAAUGACAAGAAACACAUGACGUCUGGCUCGUGUGCUGAGAAACACAUUCUCAUUCCCUUCUCUCACAAGGGGGAAUAUGGAGUGACAAGUGUUGGAAGGCAAGAGUUGACUCUGGUUAAGGUUUCUCCUCAUAACGACAGAGUCUUUAAGCACGGUGAUGUUGUCCAGGGUCUUCAAAUGCGAGCUGUUGAGGAUAAGAGUGCUGUCCAGGAUAAAGCUGCCUUUUUGAAACUCUUGAGAGAUUUAUCCACUCUGCCUGAAUCUGAGGGUGAGAGGAGACCCCGCCUCUUCCACCAGCUUGUUACUAUGGUCAGUGGUAUGAAGGCUGACACCCUGAGUCCUGCCAUCCCCGAGGCUCUUGCCGUGUCCCAGGCCCUAACUUACCAGGUUCUGGCCCAGUGUGGAACUCCCGAGUGCAGCAGUGCUAUCAUGCAGAUCCUCAGGACCUUUGACAUAUUUUCAGUGAAGAUUGACGCCACUGUUUUUGCUUUGGGACUCGUAUCAAAUCCCUCUGCUCUACUGAUUAACGACAUGCUUGAGAUGGCCAAGUAUAAGCCCAGCAAGCCUAUAAUGUACGCCCUGAGCAAUGUUGUGAAGAGGUUUUACAACGUUGAAAGAAAAGUGAUCCCUGAGAUCCACUCUGUGGCGGAAUUCAUGGCUGCUCGUUUGGGUGACUGUUCCGGCUCUGAUAUUAACAAUUUCAUGACACUGAGAGUUGUUGGAAACAUGGCUCCAGCCGUGAUGCCUGCAAGUCCUGCCCUGAGGUCUGCUGUGAUUCAGUGUGUAAACCAGCCUGCAGCUUCCCUUGCUGUACAGCAGGCAGCCAUCCAAGCAUACAGGCUAGUCACUGUCCCAGAGAAGGAUAGAGAGAUUUUAAUACAGGUGCUUUUGGACCACACCAGCUCCACGCAAAAGCGUAUUGCUGCUUAUCUGAUACUCAUGAAAGACCCGCAGCCAAGUGAGCUGGUUAAGCUGAACGAUGCCUUAUCCAGUGAGCAAGAUGUACAAGUCAAGAGCUUUGUGGUUUCCCACAUUAACAACAUUUUGGCCUCAACUGAACCUGAUACCCAAGAACUCAGACAAAGGAUCCGUGAUGCCCUGCAGGGUAAUGACAUUGGACCAAUUAUGGACCGCACCAAGUUCUCCAACAAUUACAAGAUCGGAUAUGUGGAGGGCAACAUGCUUUUUGAGGGCUCUAGCUUCUUGCCCAAAGAAGUUAUGCUUGAAAUGACACUUAAAGCAUUUGGCUAUGACAUUGACAUGAUGGAGAUUGGUAUGGCAGGCACAGGGUUGGAGCCAACUGUAGAUGCACUGUUUGGAGAGAAUGGAUUCUUCCCCGACACAGUCUUGAAGACCGUGUACUUUGUCUCUGACAACAUGCCACGUAGUGUCAGUGAGAUCCUGCAGGACAUGCUGCCUGCCCUAAAGAAAGAUAGAAUGAAAAGACAGGCUGCCACAAACCUGGUUGAGGAGAUUGAACUCAACUUCAAUAAACUUGUGAAUGAGCUGAAGGCUUCACAGUCUCCCGAGGCAAUGGUGUAUCUUAAACUGUUGGGAAAUGAGCUGGGAUAUCUAAGCACCAAUGAAAUGGAGGGGAUGACUUUUUCUGCUGCCAUGAUGAUUCAGAAUAUGCUCAAGAUGUUCCCAAGUGACCUGAUGGCAGCACUGGUGACUAAAAACGACAACACAAUCUUUGGCCACUACAUCUUCAUGGACAAUGAAUUCUUUCUGCCUACUCUCACUGGUGUACCGCUAAGAGUUGCACUUUCAGGUACCUUCACCCCUGGUAUUAAAGGUGGUCUCAAGUUCCGUGACAUGAGAGAAGUUGCCUUCCUGCCUUCAGCUGGUGUUGAGUUCGUAACUCACAUUGGCUCACACCUCCCUGAAUAUGUCAACUCUGGAUUAGAGAUGCACAGCAACAUUUUCCAUGAGAGUGGGCUCAGUGUUAAGAUCUCUGUGAACCAUGACCAAGUAAAACUGACCAUCCCUGCUCCAGCGAGUCCUAUAAAGCUCAUCAAAAUAACGAACUCCCUGGUGGCAGUGACCAAUGCUGAAGUGAAGACAAUCCCCUCGAGUGCCACAGACAAGGUUGAUGUUGAUGAGUGCACUCCGGUCUUUACUGGAAUGAAAUACUGCUCUGCUCUGCAGUACAAUGAUGCUUCCUCUCAAGGGACCUCCCCCUACUUCCCUCUUACAGGAGACAGCAAAUUUGCUUUGGAACUUCACCCUACUGGUGAGGUUACCGAGUACACAGCCACUGUUGCUUAUGAGCUCCUCAAAGAGGGGGAAGAGGGUCGGCUGAAAGUUGACUCUGUGAAGUUUAUUCUGAGAGCAGAAGGUGCAGAUCCCACUGAAGCCAGAGCAAUCUUGAAAUAUAACAGAAAGAAGACUUUAAUAACAGCUGACAUCCAAAUCCCUGACUAUGAUGUGGAGGCUGGAUUCAGGCUGGGGGUUGAUGGGAAAAGCAAAGGAAAAACAACUCACUCAAUCUCUCUUGACAUUCUAAACAAGAAUAUCCCACAGCUCUCGCUGGUUGGCCGUGCCAAUCUUAAAGCCAUGAAAGAAGGGAUGCUUCAAGGACAACUUAUUGUCCCCUCAAUAAACACGGACGCCACUGUCACAGCUAACAUGAGAUAUGAACAAGAGCUGGAACUGGAGCUCAAGAGUGAAGUCAAGUUGAUGGACGCCACAUCUGAGCAGAAAAUUGCUUUGAGAUACAGUGGUGAAAAGAUUGAGGUGGCGUUCAAUUCAGAUGUGAACACAAAGACCGCCAACUUGCCAGGGGCUGAGGUGCUUGCGAUCUAUGGGAAUGAUCUUCUUGACACACAGGUGGGGCAAACUGACAUGAAAGUGGGUCAUAUCUUCAAGAUGUUUUCAGAGGCAGCAAACAACUACAUGGAAAAAUACGGUGAUAAUAUUCCUUACAUGAAGGACAUCAGAAUACCAGAGAUUCCUGGGAUUUCAGUGCCGGACACACUCUUCCUGAAUACUGAGGCAAAGGCUGCUUUCUACUUCAACAAUAAGUACUUCACCUUUGCGAUCCCUGUCCCUCUUGGAGGAAAGUCAACAGAGGAUCUUAACUUCCCACCAACUUUAGCUACACCUAGAUUGUCAUUACCCCAGUUUGGACUUGAUAUUCCUUCAGUGGACAUUCCCAUCCCAGAACUUGAAGUCCCAGAGAGAAUUACCAUGUCUUUACCUCUUCUUGGCAAAGCUGAGCUAUCAGCUCUGAUGAGGAGCAACCUCUACAACAUGAAGGCCUCAGUGGCUGUGGAGGAAGAUGCCCCAAACUACUCGGCUAAGUUGAAUGUGAAGGGAACCUCCCCACUUGACAUCCUCUCAGUAGAGAUUGACGGCUUGGGGGCUGUGAUCAUCUCUGAUUCAAUUAUGGCCAGUUUAAAAACCUCUUUGGUCCAUGAAUUCAUUAAAGUCAGUAUUAGUAUUGAAGAGGAGGCUUCCUUUACAGACAAAAUCAAUUUGAGAUCAAGUAGCGAGAUUGAAGCCAUGAGUUCAUUAGGGGUCAGUUUUGAGAUAAAGCACACGGGUACGACUGGAAUCAACAGUGAAGACAUUUCUGCUGACAACAUGUUUAAAGGAAUGUUCAGAGUUGGACCCAUGUACGCCAACACCACUUCAGCCCAAUCAUUUACCAUCUUCCCAUUCAGGCCAGAAGCAAAGAUUGAUGCUACUGUUGAGUUUGAUUCCACAAUUGUUAAGGCCCAGAAUUCAAUUUCUGCAACCCUUUCCAAUGGAGAACUCUCAGUUCUUUCUAACACUAAAGCCUUUCAGGACAGCUUGACACAUGUUGCUGAGUUUUCCUUCAAAGACCGCCAAGUGUCAUUGAAAUGCGAUUCAAAUGCUCUUGUUCUUGGUGUGAAGAUCCAGAAGCAAACUGAAGCCUCUGCUGGUGUCAGUGGAGUGACCAUGAAGGUGGAGACAAACAUGGAACUCUCUGAAAAUCGUGGCUACACUCUGCUGACUGCCUCUCUGGAUGGUAAUGGUCUAGCAGUAAACAACAACGCCAUGCUGAGGCUUUUUGAAAACCAACUUACGCACAAAGCAUCACUGAAGUUUAACAACAACGGCUUGACCACAAGUGGAACAACCUCUGUGAAGAGUCCGCUGUCUUUGGAAAAUACUUUUGAAGCUGGGGUUGAUUUUUCAAAAGCUACUUUAUCCAUUACAAACAGGGCAGCCCUGUCAGGCAUCAACAUUAACAAUGCCAACACACUGACGGUUACACCUUCCACUCUUGACUUCAAGUCCAAGGCUCACGCCACUGGAAGUGAGUAUGCCUCCUACACUCAUGAUAUAACACUUGGCCUGAAGCCCUACUCUGCCUCUGCAAAUAUUAACAACAACAUGAAUCUUCUGUCUGCCAACAUUAAAAACGAGGCUAAGCUAGAGGCAGAGCUUCUAAAGUUUGGUGUAAUUGGAAGCCUGACAGCCACCUAUGGUCAUGAAGAGAUCAAGCAUACCUAUGAGCUAAAAUAUGCUGAAAUGACUGCUAAUGCAAAGUUCAACACCAUUGGAAAGGUUUUCGGAGCGCAUAUGAACCACAACACUGAGCUUGACAUCUACGGUCUGGCUGCCACCAUCACCAAUGACCUCCGUUUCAACUCCCAGCCAAUGCGUUUUGACCACUCCAUUCGUGGCAGUGUUGUUCCUUUUGAUAUCAACUUAGAUGCCCUUUUCAAUGCUAAUGGAGAAAUCAUCAAGUAUGGAAAACAUAAUGCGCAGCUCUAUGGCAAGUAUAACCUUAAAGCACAACCUCUGGCGAUUGUUAGCAUGCACGAAUGCAGGGCAUCAGUAACCAAUACUUUAGAUAAUGAUUUAUCCCUUGAGACCACUUUUGACACUAAAGCAGGUAUUGUUCUUACACCCCAAGAGCAGCAGACCAGAUAUACAAUGACAUCCAAAAUGAAUGAGCAUGCCUUUAAUCAGGGAUUGACUCUUUACAAUAGUGCUGAGAAGACUGGAAUUGAGAUUGUGGGCACAAUAUUUACAAACUUAUUCAAUGCAGACUCUCCAGAGAACCAGGAAUUCACAAUCUCUGCUUUUGUAAAAUAUGACAAAAGCACAGAUAGUCAUGUAAUUCAGUUGCCCCUAGUUGAAAAUGUGCCUGUCUUACUGGAAAGCAUCAAAGGCUAUGUUGUGCCUGUAGCAGAAUCACUGCAAGAUUACAUGAAAAGUUGUCAGUUGAAUGUAGUGCUUGAUGAUAUUCACCGGGUUUUGGUUUUUUUAGAAUCGCGGAUCAAAGACAAUGUAAUUCAGUUGAAGCAGCGAUUCAGUGAUUUCAUGCAAGAAUCCAUCUCUUUUGAGGAUUUGGAAGCUUCUUUAAGAAACCUGAAAAAAUCCUUUGAAAAUAUACUCUUUGGCCUUAUGUGGGGUUUAGGAAACUGGAUGAUGUAUAUAGAUAAAGCCAUGUCAAGCAAUGCCUUCACUAAGGAGGUACGGCAACAGCUGCUUGCCUUAGAGAGGGAGUAUAAAAUUUCACAAUUCAUAAACCACAAUUUUGAGAUGAUUAUACCUUGCAUUGAAGAAAUAUUCAAACUGUUUCCUGAAGAGCUACUAAAUGAUCCAGUAAAGUAUAUUAUGGUUGUGGUUAAAGACGUUGACAUCCCAAAUAGGUUGAACAUAUUACGUGCCAAGAUAAAAGAGCUAAUUGUAAAGUUGGAUGCUGAUGAAAUAAUUCAAGCCUUUUUGGAAAAGCUUGGGGAGCUUUUCCAGCAGUUAAAAAUUGAGAAAACCAUCGAGGCUGUGUUACAAAUUGUAAAAGAUUUAGAAAUACAAAAUAAACUAAUGCAAGUAAUUGAAGCUGGUAUUGCCAACUUGAAAUCAAUUGAUGUCAACCUUAUAAUUAAACAAUUGAAUUUUUUAAUUGAAAUAGUGGAAAGUGUGAAUUUACUGAAUUAUAAUGAGUUUGUGAAUUUCACCAAUCUUAUUAUUCAUGAAUGCGCAGCUUAUGUUAAUCACAUGAUCAGGAGUCUUGAAAUUCCCCAGAAACUGGAAGCAACUAAAGAUUUUGUUAACUUUAUCAUUAGCUCUACUGGACGUUUUAUGGAGCACCUGAAAAAAGUCAAAAUUGCAGAAAUCAUCAAAUCUUUCCAGGACAUCUUUGAUGAGGGAUUGGUUAAUAACGUUAAGACAUGGGCUAAAUUCAUAAAACACAAAAUUAAAAAUCAAAAUUUUAAAGAUGUGAUUACUAAAUAUCUAAAUAUGUUUAGAAAGUGUUACGUCACUAUCAUAACUAUCAUGACCCAGAAGUUUACAAGUACAGUUAAGACAAUUGAGACCAUAGCACCUAACCUUAAAAUCACCAGUGAGAUUCAGCAGAUCAUUGCUGGCCUCAGUAAGGAGUUGAUGAAAGGUGAGCUGUUUGUGCCAUCCCUUCCUAUCCCGUUCACUGAUCUUGUUCUACCCUCAGUAGUAUUUAGGAUAGAUGAUUUUGAAAUUCCAGCACAGCUGGACAUCCCUGAAUUCACUAUCCUGGGAACCUACACUGUGAAAGCCACAACAAUUUCUUUAGAUGACAUCAAGCAGAAAAUUACUGAACUAAUUGAUUUCAUUAUAAACCUAGAAAUCAAAGUGCUUGAUGCAGAUGCUUUAUUUGGAGACGUAACAUUGAACUUUCUUCCUACCAUACCUGAGAUAAGCUUUCCUGAAUUCACAUUUCCUGAAAUGUCAUUCCCCAACAUCCCAAAUGUUCCGUUAGAAAAGCUUGUUAAAUCUCUUGAACUUUCUAAGAUCAAGCUGCCAACCAUUCCACAUGAGAUAACUGUCUCAAGCUUUGGCAAACUCUAUGGCGAGAUCAAACUCCUUACCCCCACCUACACAAUGGAGACAUCUGGAGAACUCCAGAAUCCUACUAAGAAUAAAUUAACACCUGAGUUGACUGGAUUCCUUAAUUCCUACGCCACAUCGAAACAUUUUGAAAUUCUAAACUAUGAACUUAACUCCACGGCCCGUAUUUCAGUCCCAAAAAUGAGUCGCAUUGUCUUAGCUGAGACAGUAAAGUUCAACCAUGUUGCCUUUAAAAUUGACCAUCAGGCAUUUGUAGCUCUCUAUGGCCUCCCAUCAGCUCAGGCUCAGGCCAAGACAGAGGUUAAGGUUAAGACUACACCCUAUACUGCUAAGUAUGCAAACACAGCCUCUAUUGCUAUCGGAGGAGGGAUAUCGGCUUCUUUUGAUACAGGAUAUAAUCAUUUACUUUAUCUCCCAUGGAGCAGUGUCAAAAGUGAGGCCAGUGUCACCCAAAAAAUUGUUGCUAAGCAAGAUGGUCCCUCCUUCACUCUAACGGUUGAUAAUUCCUGUGAAGGCAAAAUUAACGAUGAUGAUAGCAACCACAAGAGCAAACUGCAAUUAUCAGUCACUCCAAGUGCUGUCGGACUAACUUUCUCUGGUGACACAGACAUUGUGGGGUUAAGGGUGAAACAGCAUAUUACAGCUGAAUCUGGCACCUUUAGCUAUUUCAAGUUUAAUGUACGCAACGAGGCAGAGGCUCCAGUGUUUAAGAACAGUCUUUUUGUAGCAUCUGGACAAGGCAACCUUUAUGAUAUGACGGUUGAGCUGAAAGCAAACCAUAACACUGAACUGAAGGGUGAAGGCAAAGGCUUUAUAUCCAAUACAUUCAACCUCGUAGCCCGUCCUUUUGAGUUUGUCUAUGAAUUUCACAACAAAGGAACUUUCACGCUGGGCACUCUGAGAUCCUUGCCUGCUAACAUAGAUCUGCAGAAAGAUUACUCCAUCAUUCUCAGACCCGACAGCCAGCUGAUAGCCACAGUAACUCUGUUUCGCCUGAAUCAAUAUAAAACAUUCUACAACUUUACAUUCAGCAAUAAUGAAAAAGAGGCUGGCAUCUUUGCUGCAAUGGAAAAUGCAGAUUUGUUUUACUUUUUGUCAUUCGCUGUUGUCAGCCCUGAGCUUGAAAACCUUUUGACUACCACUGAACAAACUGUGGCUGUAGAUGCCAAGCUUGUUUUCCAGAAAAGUCGGCCACUUGAAAUCAUGGGCUUGGUUCAGAUUCCCAAUAUGGUCAACAUGAUCUCAGAGCUGUCUGUUAAGACGGACUUCAUCAAUCUGAAUGUCAACGCUGGACUCUAUCCUGAGGAUAAUCUUGUGUUUCGUCUGGGAGCUACCACAGCUUCUGUGUUUGAGAGUUUAAAUGCAAAACUGCAAGUAACGACCAGUUUAACCACCAAGAGAGGAAUCAAGUUGGCCAAUUCCCUGUCUUUUGAAAAUCCCCACAUCAACGGCAGUCAUGACAGCACUAUAAGUGCGAGUAGUGAGAGAGAUGUUUCCUUGAAGUCAACCACUAGAGCAAACAUGGCUGGAACAAUAGAUACAGACUAUCUUGUUUUGGGAGUUCUGGAUAAUGAGGUCAACGUCUACCUCAAUAAUGAUGGCUUACAGUCCACUUCCAAGGUUAUUACUGAUGUCAAGGUCAACCAUGGCACCACCAGAGUCAUUAGCCUGGAUCUAAAUAAGAAUCUUGCUAUUGAAGCAUCCCUGAGCCACGUGUACGUUGUGCUGUCAUACAUUAACAACAACGAGGCAAAACUGUUCAAUUUCCACACCAAGGGGAAGCACAAUGCCAAGGCAACCAUGAAUGUUGCAACAUCAUCCCUGAGUACUGACAUCGAGAUUGACAUUUUGCAGCCAAGCAACAUGGGUGACAUUAGCAUCUCAGAGAAAACUGUUGCUAAAGUGACAGUGCCAAAGCAGAAAAUGUCUACCACUGCCAGGUUUUCCAGCCCACUGUACACCGCCAACCUGGAAGCAGACUUAGAGGGUCAGGGGCCUGUUUUCAAAGGGACCUUUAAGUCUUCUGGAAAUUCUGACAACAUGUUCCCAGCAUAUGACAUAAAGGCUUCUACAACUACAAACUAUGAGAAUCAAGCUCUGAGCAUGAUUAGCAAGGUUGCUGUGACUGGUUUAAACCUUACCAUGAAUGUGGAUCACGUCAUUACCAAAGUCCUAAGGAUGAAGCACCAGGCUGAGGACAGUGUAUCUCGCCACACCCUGAGGGUUGACUUCUCCAUUCCAACCGUCACCGUUGCAAACUUCGAUUAUGCUGCUGGAAGGGACGGUAUCAACGCUUCAGUAUCUACUCCAGUUACUGGUUUUGUGGGACUUCAACUCAAUGGCCCAUCUCAGUUGAGUGCAAGGGUCUAUCAUCGUUCUCCUUCUGCCCCUGAAGUCGAUGUUGACAUUUUGGUCGUGAAAUCAUCUCCUGUGGACGUUGACAAGAUGAACCUGCAGAUUGUGUAUUAUACAGAAGCAUACAAUGCAAUGGAGGAUGAAAUGUGGAUCAGAUUUGAUCCCAUCCUCUCUAUCUAUGGGAAUUUUGAGAACGAGCUUCUGUCGGCUUUGGCUAAACGCCUCGCUGAAGUGAUAGACCCGACUGUCAGUGCACUGUCUGCUGAGACUGAGGUCUACUACAACUCCUUUGUCGAGGAUUUCAGCGCCAUUGAAAUACAAUUGUCCAGUGGUGACGUUAUCACUGGAGACCAGAUCUGGAAACCAAUCAGCGCAGCUUUCAACACAACAUAUAAAGAACUGAUAGACUUUCUUAAUAGUGCCAAUAUUCCUAAUGAAUUAUUUUGGAAAAUGUUUAGUGUCAUAGCAGCUCCUUUUAACUACUGUGAGACUAUCAAGUAUGAUUAUGAAGAUGCAGUGACUAGUGACAUAAAUGCCCUCUAUGAGAAACUUUUCCCAGACAUGAAGAUCAGGGUCGACCAGGUCGGUGCCCAGUGCUGUAAACUGCUCAAAUAUGCGUAUGAUAUUUUAGACUAUGUGUAUAACCAGUACUGGAUCAUCGAACAACUGAUUACUGAUUUACAAAUCCAAGUUUUAGAGAACACUGAACCCUAUGUUGAUUAUAGUGACACUAAGUUUGAGAUUAACCUUACGUUUCCCUUCCAGCAGUAAGUAACACUCAGACUAAGGCCCAAGUCCAUACAACACGCCACUAUAUGUUUAAAAUCAUGCCUGGAAACACAGACAAACCUGUACCCAUAUUUGUAAAUGUGAGUCAACAAAAGAACCUGUCAAAACCGUGCGUAAUAUAUUAAUUAAGAGUAUUACUAAAACAAAAUAAUGGUGUGAAAAAUUGUACUCUCCUUUUUUACCUUAACCACCAACCUUUGUAUUUUUUACUUUAGAAAUAGAAGAUAUUACAGGAAUUACACAAAACAGCACACUUGAGCUGUCCAUUUUUCACGGUUUAACUUUGAUUUCCAGGGACCUUUUCUCAAUUUUCCUCAGACUCACAGAAGAUCUGUUAACUAGUUCAUACCUUCUUGAUCACUUUGACCUGUUUUAAAAAUUUGGUUGCAAAAAUUUUCACUAUAGCUAUUCCAGCAACAUUUUCUCUUCCCUUUUGCAAAACAGGAUGUCAUUUAAACAGACUAAACUUCAUUUUUUUAGCUUUGGUGACCAAACAAAAACUACAGAAACCAUCUAUCCAUAACUAGCAAGACAAGUAUGAAACACCUUGGAGUUUGACACUCCUUGACUCCCAAUCAGUCUGCAGGCCUUAAAAAAGGUGCCAGGUCUGUGUUGUUCUUUGCCAGCAUAAAUGGAGGAGGUCUAAAGCAGAGACUGAGUAUGAACAGUGUCUUAUCCUCCAAUAGAUUUGACUGUAUUUUGGUUUACAUCUGUUUUCAGUAAUAUUUACAUUUUCAGUUUUCAGCUGCAGUUUGAAAAACAUGAAUGUAAUGGAUUCAAUAAAAAACUGCAUCAAAUCA